AUGGUUGGCACAGGUGGUCCGGUAGCGACCUUCUCCGUGUGGGACUAUGUGGUGUUUGUGGUCAUGAUUGUGAGCGCCGCUGGAGUCGGGCUCUUCCAGGCCUUCCGAGGACGCAAGGAGAACAGCAGUGAGGAGUUCUUUCUGGGCGGACGGCAAAUGACGGCGGUACCCGUGGCCAUGUCGCUCACAGCCAGCUUCAUGUCCGGCGUCACCGUCAUUGGCACGCCGGCCGAGGCGUACUCGUACGGAACGUCCUUCUGGCUCUUUGGCAUCAGCUACGUCAUCAUGUCGGUCAUCACCGCUGAGAUUUUUGUGCCCCUCUUUUACCGGCUGGGGAUCACCAGUGCCUAUGAAUACCUGGAGAUGCGCUUCAACCGGCUCAUUCGCAUACUUGGGACUUUGAUGUACACCAUGCAGACGAUCCUGUACACCGGUUUGGUCAUCUACGCACCGGCUCUCGCUAUGAAUCAAAUCACUGGAAUGGAUCUGUGGGGAGUGCUGGUGGCUACGGGGAUAGUGUGCAUCAUCUACUGCACUUUGGGUGGCCUGAAAGCCGUCAUUUGGACCGACGUGCUACAAAUGGUGAUCAUGCUAGCCGGUUUUGUGGCAGUAAUAGCGAGAGGGGCCGUACUUCAGGGAGGCCUGGACAAGAUUUGGGAAGAUGCCAGUCAAGGGGGUAGACUCCAGACAUUUGACUUUGACCCUGAUCCUCUGAAGCGACAUACUUUCUGGAGUAUCACUAUAGGUGGUAGCGUGACAUGGAUGUCAGUCUACUCCAUCAACCAAUCCCAAGUGCAGCGCUACAUCUCAUGCAAAACACUGCGCCAUGCCAAGAUGUCCUUGUAUGUGAACAUGGUGGGCUUGUGCGCGACUCUCAGUCUGGCUAUGUUUUCCGGCCUCGCCAUGUUCUCCAUUUACAAGAAUUGCGACCCGUUCACCAAUGGCGACGUCGGUUCCACAGACCAGUUGCUGCCCUACCUGGUCAUGGACAUCUUGGCCGCCUACCCCGGAAUCCCUGGUUUGUUUGUGGCUGCUGCGUACAGUGGGACCCUGAGCACUGUAUCUUCCAGCAUCAAUGCCCUUGUUGCCGUCACUGUGGAAGACUUCAUUCGGCCCAUGUGGAAAAACCUCUCAGUGAAGCAGACGACCUGGAUCAACAUGGGUCUGAGUGUGUUUUUUGGUGCUCUGUGCAUUGGGAUGGCAGGAGUGGCUUCACUGUUGGGAAGCGUUCUGCAGGCAGCUCUCUCCAUAUUUGGGAUGCUGAGCGGGCCACUUCUGGGGCUGUAUCUAUUAGGCAUGCUUUUUCGCACAGCCAACUCAAUCGGAGGCCUCGUAGGAAUGUUCCUCAGCCUCGUGUUGACACUCUGGGUGGGGAUCGGGGGUCAGAUCUACCCGCCGACGGCAGCCAAGACAAACCCUCUGCCGGUCACCACUGCGGGUUGCAACAGCACACUCCAGUACAACGCGACCACAGCAAGUCCCUGGACCACUUCAGUCAGCCACACAACGCAACCCAAUGUUAGGCCCCCUUUGGCAGACUUCUGGUAUUCUCUGUCCUACGUCUACAUCGCUUUCCUCGGCACAUUGACAACCAUCGUGAUCGGCAUGUUGGUGAGCGUACUCACAGGUGGGUGCAAGCAAGAAAAGCUGAACUCCCAACUAUUUGUGAGGAAAAGUGACUUGGUGUGUUUCAGCUGGAGCAGUAAAUCACAGGCCUCAGGAAAAAGAGACAAGGGUGCGGCAAACAGUUACUUGGAAGCAGACAAGUCAGGAUUUGUACAUUGUGACCCGACAAGUGGUGAUUUCAUUGAAGCGACCAAACUUUAAGAAUGCAUUAAGAUUUUGUACCCC